GUGGCGCUGCUCGUGGCCUUCCUGUGCGUCCGCUGCGCCCGGGGCUGGCCCAGCUGGGCAGCCUUCCAGUACUUUGAGGUGGUGUCUCUGUGGUUCCUCAUCGCGCUCCUCAUCUUCUUCCUCAUGCACCUCUUCAGACUGCAGGGCAGGAUGCCCUGCAUCAACUGGCCUCUGACGGAGUUCUUCCAUUACUCCGUCGGGACCGUCCUCAUCCUCAUCGCCUCCAUCAUCGCAGCCGUGAAGAGCGGAGGAGUGUCUGCGUUGGUGGUCGCCUCGGUGUUCGGCUUCAUAGCCACGUUUCUGAUGGCCGUUAGUUUGUGGACGACUUACAGUGUGACCUGUGGCGUUCAUCAGACCGGAGCAGCGGUGUAAAGGAUCCAGACGGCUGUGUGGGCAGUUUGCUGUGUCCUGCUCUUUUUUCUGCCCGGCAACAACCUGGAGAGUCAAACCUGAUUGGAUUAUUAUUCUACGUCAGAGGUAACAGCUGAUCCAGGACCAGCCCGUCACAUUUUCAACAAUCUGAAACGUAAACACCCCGACGAUCGUCACGGCGACGGCCUGAGAGGACUGUAGUUCCACUCCGACGUCCAGACUCCAUUUUGUUUUCUGUCCUGUUGAAGGUGCUCAGUGUCACAUUUUACACAUCGCCGUGUCGGGGGAAACAUUUCUUAGAAUCAGAGUUAACGAGUUUCCCUGCGACACAAACAAUCAGUCACAUGGUAUCAAUGUAAUGACUACAUUUCCCAUAAUCCUUGCUGCUCCCCGCCCUGACUCUCCUCUCUGUCUCCUCCCACCGUCUGCUGUUCUUGCUCUUCAAGAAGUUCCCGCUGUGUCUCUGUGUUGCGUCUUUGAAACACGUUUACAAAGUUAGCUUCAUUUGUUUUAUCUUCCAUUCCAACUUUUUCUUAUUCUACUUUAAAUAUUCCUCGAGCUCAGUCGAAGCAGUCUGGACCACUUUUAAAAAAUAUCACUUUUCUUAAAACCGCCAAAAACACACCGUGCACAGUAACGCCCUGUUAGCUUGGUGUGCUAAUGUCUGUUAGCACACUCAAAUACUAGCGCUGUUCACAUGUCAACAUUUAAGUGUGCUCAUAAACAUGAACAAGCUAAUAAAACAACACGCAUGCUAAUGACUUUGUUAGCAUGCUAAAGCAUUUCUCAGGGCUAAAACUAAUGUGUGCUAAAAUACGAUAGCAUGCUAAAUCAAUGAAAUGCAAAACAUGAGCAUGCUAACAAUGCAAAACAAACAGAAACAAAAAAAGAAGAAAAAGUGCUCAGUGUUUAAAUUCUGUCUCCGAUCAGGCUCGUUGGUUUCGGCUCUGCACACGAGAUCUCCCAAAAAAUACAGAAGAGCAGAAACAUCCUCAAACUGGAGUUUAUCUGCUUUUACUUUGAAAGAGCUACUUCUUCCUUCAUGUGGGUGAAACAGCCCCGAGAUGAAAAUCAGUUUACAAAUCAGCAGCCAUGAGUUCAGACUGUUUGCAUCAUUUAUUACCGUUUACAACGUGUUGUUUAGGACCUACACGACUGUCCUUGGUGCUCUGAAGAACAAACACAAAGGAUUUAAAUCAAAUCUUUAUUUCACACACUCUGAAAGCACAUCAGUGACAGUUUGAAAAACGAUACUUAAAGGAGGCAGGGACUCCGUUAAGAGGGCAACAAGGUCCAGAAAACUACAGGGGAGGAAAUCUGUUUACACAGAGUCAAACAUCAAAUAUGCACAGAUAUCAAUACAGCCAACCAGAACCAAUUAAAGGUCACAUCUCCUCCUCCUCCUCUUCAGUUUAAAUAAGUCUCAGAGCUCCUCAAAACAUGUGUGUGAAGU